CAGUGCAGAUCAGUGAUGAUGAUGGGAGAAGAUCCUUCACUGUGCUGAUGACUGGACUGAGACUGACUGAUUCUGGCUGGUACUGGUGCUCUGCUGGAGAUGCACUGAGUCCUGUUCAUCUCACUGUAAUAGAAGCAGGUGUUGAAAGCUACAGCAGUCAGUCAAACAAAGUAUUAACUGUUCAGACUGGAGGAUCUGUCACCAUCCCAUGUUAUUAUGACAAGAAAUACACACAGCAGAAGAAAUACAAAAAAAAAAAAAAAAAUAAAUCUAAUACAUACACAAACACCUCAGAGGAGAAUCUGUCAGUAAUUGAUCAUCCUGAUCAGAGUCUCUUUACUGUGACUAUGAGAAACCUGCAGGACAAACACAGUGGAUUUUAUUACUGUGUUGUGGAGACUGGAGAACAACCACUGAUAAAAACAAUAUAUGAGACUUAUCUCAAGAUUCAAUCUGCUCCUGAUGUGUCUGUGGUGAGCAGCAGUGUAUCUGGACAUGAAGGUGGUGAUAUCAGUGUUCAGUGUGUCUACAGUUCUGAUUAUCAGAAUAAACUCAAACGGUGGUGCAGAUAUAAAGAUAAGAGCUGUCACACAGUGGAGAGGACUGACACAUCCCAGAAUUCAUCAGUGCAGAUCAGUGAUGAUGGGAGAAGAUCCUUCACUGUGCGGAUGACUGGACUGAGACUGACUGAUUCUGGCUGGUACUACUGCUCUGCUGGAGAGGCACUGAAUCCUGUUCAUCUCACUGUAAUAGAAGAAGAUGGAGUUUUCUGUCUGUCCAAGAACUUUUCUCCACAUAAAAACUGAAAGAUCUGAUGAUUAGAAAAUCGUUGAUAAAAAGAUGUAUGUUCUGCUUUUCUGUGUGUUUAUGUGUGCAUGCAUUAGAUGUCUACAUUUUCUAAAUGCUUAGUUAAAUGUAUUUAAAUAUAUUUUUGCUUUUAUCCAAACAACUUACAACUGAGCAAUAUACCAAAUAAAAUUACAUAAUUUUAGAAAACAAUGUUCAUUUUGCAUUUUAAAGUUUUUUUUAUUAUUACUGUUAUUAAGCCCUCAUAUUUUAUAUCAGUAGUUUUUCGAUCACCCUGACCUCAGAUAAAUAUACACUUUUUACUAAAUAGUGGAGUAAGAAUUAAGAUAACAUACUUUUGAAUAUUUGGAUGUAAAAGUUGAAUUUGACCAAAGGGAAAAUACACUGAUGAAGUACAGUUUACACGCAUAAGUUACAAAAACACAGUCGAUUAUAUCUGUGAAGUUAAACUGCUGGGUUUAUGCAUAUUUAUAUUAGAUAUGUAUAUGAAGUGACAGCAGCGUAAUAUACAGUACCUAUACCACUGUCUAUGCUGAAAAUAUGACCCAAACAAUAAAAUAAAAUAGAAAAUU